GCCAAGUUCAUACAACAUCAUGGCUCUUCAUGGCUUGCCAAUGCUGUUUGCUAGUUCUGUUUUCUUUCUUCUUAAUCUUUUCUUGAUGCUUAAGCCCCAUCAUGGCUAUGGCGAUGGCCUUUCGGAUCCCCAAGAAGUUGGUUUAUGUGAAUCUUCAGUGAGAAACCAUGGUUAUAAAUGCCAUGAGAUUGACGUGAAAACUCAAGAUGGGUAUAUCCUUAGAGUGCAAAGAAUACCAGAAGGGCGUAAUUUGAGUGGAGAUUCUGUAACCAGGCCACCAGUUCUAUUGCAGCAUGGAGUUCUUGUGGAUGGAAUGGCAUGGUUCAUGAAUGCACCAGAACAAAAUUUACCUAUGAUUUUGGCAGAUAAAGGAUUUGAUGUUUGGAUUGCUAACACCAGAGGCACUAGAUUUAGCAGGCGUCACGCCUAUCUCCAACCCAAUCAAUCGGAAUUCUGGAAUUGGUCAUGGGAUGAAUUGGCAGCUUACGAUCUACCAGCAAUGUUUGAUUAUGUGUACAACGAGACAGGGCAGAAGCUACAUUACGUGGGCCAUUCCCUGGGAGGAUUGGUAGCUUUGGCAUCUUUCUCAGAAGGAUUGCUGGUAAACAAGGUGAAAUCAGCUGCCUUGUUAAGCCCCAUCGCUUACUUGAGCCACAUCAAAACUGCUCUUGGUGUAGUUGCUGCCAAAGCCUUUGUUACUCAGGCUUCAACACUUUCUGCUGAGUUUAAUCCUAAAGGGGAGGCAGCAGCAAGUUUUCUUAAACAAGUGUGUGCUCAUCCUGAAGUCAACUGCUAUGAUUUGUUAACUGCAAUUACUGGCAAGAACUGCUGCCUCAACACUUCCACGGUGGAUCUUUUCUCUCAGAAUCAACCUCAAUCCACAUCAACCAAGAACAUGGUCCACCUGUCUCAAAGCGUUAGAGACAAGGUUAUAGCAAAAUACAACUAUGAGAAUCCCAACUCCAAUCUGAUACAUUAUGGAGCCAUGAAACCACCAGUGUAUAACCUAUCAAACAUCCCAGAAAAGCUUCCUCUUUUCAUCAGCUAUGGCGGACAAGAUGCUUUGUCUGAUGCUCAAGAUGUCGAGCAAUUACUAGACGAUCUCAAAUUCCAUGAUGUCCUCAAGUACACUGUUGAGUUCGUUAAGAAUUAUGCACAUGCUGAUUUCAUCAUGGGUGUCAGUGCUGCAGAUAUUGUGUAUGAUCAAGUUUAUAAAUUUUUCUUGAAUCAUCAUUUCUGA